GCCCAGAGAGGGAGCAGACAGACAGUACACAGGCAGAGUUGAGUCAGAGUCAGAGCAGAGCAUGGGGAGCUGAAGACUCUCUGCAGACAUGUUGGGAGAGAGGUGAGAGAGGUGAGGGUGAUCUCGAUGAGGGAAAUCUGAGCACCCAGAGAGCAAAGAAAGCUUUAGGGUGAGGUUGGUAGGAGGGCUCCGGAGCUCCUUCUGCCCCCCUUGCUGCUUCCUGAAGGGCCAUUGCCCCUGGGGCCCCGAGCCCCAAGGCAGCUUCCAGCCCUUCCGGGGAUGCCUGAGCUAUGCGAGAACCUCACCUACGUCCAGGGCAAUGGUGGUCCAGUGACAAGCUCGCUGAUGUUUCUGGCUGGGGUGGUUGGUAAUGGACUGGCCCUGGGCAUCUUGGCAGCCCACCGGCGGGUGCUACGGGCUCGCUCCUCAGCCUUCGCCGUGCUGGUCACCGGGCUGGCCGGCACUGACCUGCUGGGCACAUGCUUCCUGAGCCCCGCUGUCUUUGUGGCCUAUGCCCAGAACAGCUCUCUCCUGGGGCUGACUCAGGGGCCGGGGCUAUGCCACUGCUUUGCCUUCGCCAUGACCUUCUUUGGCCUGGCAUCCACACUCAUCCUCUGUGCCAUGGCUGUGGAGAGAUGCCUGGCCCUCAGCCACCCCUACCGCUAUGCACAACUCAAUGGACGUCGCUAUGCCAAGCUGGCCCUGCCUGCUAUCUACACCUUCUGUGCCCUGUUCUGCUCCUUACCUCUGUUGGGGCUGGGCCGGCACCAACAGUACUGUCCGGGGAGUUGGUGCUUCAUCCAGAUGCGCUCCGAGGAGGUGGCUGUGCGGGCCUUUUCGCUGGCCUAUGCCACCCUGGUGGCACUGCUGGUGGGUGCCAUCAUCUUAUGCAACGGCUCCGUCACCCUGAGCUUGUGCCGCAUGUACCGGGAACAGCGGCGGCGGAGGGGCUCCCUGGCGCCUGGCCGAGCCGGGACGGGGCCCAGGGAGGGUGAGGAUGAAGUGGACCACCUGAUCCUGCUGGCCCUCAUGACAGGCAUCCUGGCCAUCUGUUCGCUGCCGCUCACGAUCCGUGGCUUCAGGCAGGCCAUCAAACCUGACCACAAGGACCUGGGAGACCUCGUUGCUUUCCGCUUCAGUGCCUUCAACCCCAUCCUGGACCCCUGGGUUUUCAUCCUCUUCAGAAAGGCCGUCUUCCGAAGGCUCCAGCACGUACUCUGUUGCCUACGGCCGGCCCCACCCAUGGGGCCACCAGCUGUUAAGGUCCAUAAUUUCUCCUUUCCGGACACAACCCAGGGAUGAGGCACCAGGCACCUGCCAAGUUUGAUCCCCCAGCCUCCGUUUGCCAUCUCAGCUCUUGCCAGGCUGGGUGGGACGAAGGAGGGGAGCUGUGGCUCCUUGGGAUAUGGGAAGAAAGACAGACUGUUGGUACAAGCAGGUUCUCCUCCAGGUAUCAAAGGCAGACCCCCAAACCAUGAUAUCAGAAAUGGACCAAAUCUCCAACUCUCCGUUUCAUCUGUGUGACUCUGGCCAAGUCCCAUUUUAGUUUUCUCAUGUGUAAAAUGAAGGAAUUAGAAUAGUUUCCAAGGGCCCUUUCAGUUUCAAAAGCAGAUGAAAUUCUCAGGGCCACAACUGGCCGUCUGGGUGGGGCUCAGACAAAGGAGGGGAACACAGGGGACAGACAUAUCUGGUUUCCUUACUAUCAGCCCAGGAACCCUGGCAUCUGGCUUGCCGGGGUCUCCGAAACCUUCCAACCUUGGGCUUUACCUCAGCGCUCCUCUAGGAUUACCCCCUAAGUAGCUGCUCCCAUAAAGGCCAGACGACAGAGGAAGGAAAAAAGUUUGUCCUGGAACCCAGGAAGAAUAGCGAUCUCAAAAUAACUAGGCUCCUUGGUCCCUUGCCCCAGUUCAACUCAGCCCAGCCCAGCCCUCUAUCCCCUAUCCAUCUCACUGUCUAAAUAUUUGGAAAGCCGGAAAGUUCUCAGUGGCUUCUGUAUCCUCAAUGUUAAUUCCCCAACUCUGGUCCCCACUCCCUGCUACUUUCCCCAGCGGGGGGCCUCUCCCUCUCUUCAGUAUAGGAGAGUUCAAGAUUUCAAGGGCUUCCUUCCCCAUCAGACAAGUUGCUCCUUGCAACUCCCCCCAAAAAGUCAUCUUAUAUACUUCCACCCCAUCCCCAUCCCUAGUCCCUAAUCAAGUUUUCUCCCCAGGGGAGAUGAAGUGCCCCAAGGUGAAAGGAAUGUCGGAGAUGACCAGAGGAAGAGGAUGGAGCUGGGGCGGUGGAGCGGGGUAGGGGUAAGCUGUUGGACUUGGCAGGAUUUGAAGAAGUGAAUGGUAGAGUACAAGAAAGAAAACAGAGGGGUGGUCGCAAAAGUGUGUGUGGGGGGCAGGGAGGGUAGUUCAUAGACCACAUGGAAGCAUGUUCUCAUCCAAAUGUUGGGGAAUGGGCCAAGGGACCCAACGCACUAUGCCUCCAAGUCCUAGGUGAAUGAGCAUUGCAAGCUUCCUAUUCACAGGGCAAAACCCUUAGGAUCUCAAAGCACUCAAUAUCUGCCUGUCCAUCGAUGGCCCUGGAGUGAUGAUGGAGGUAGAGGAUAGGCCUCCAGCUUCUCCCCAGGCCCUUCUAAUCUCUAUUCUUUUCCCCAAGUUCACAGUCCAUUUCUGUGGACCCCAAAAUGGGUGAGGCCCCUUCUAGGCCUCUGCAUGCCUUUGGCAGUUCAAGGAGGGGGCUGGAGGCACAGCUCCUAAUCUGGGGCACCAGAGGGAAUGGUGAAUUGGCAUCUUGGCUGGAGGGUGAGUAGAAAAAAACAGCUUGACAGGCGAAUCCCACUUCCCUUUUCCGGACCAUGUGGGCUCCACCCUCCGUGAUGUGCCUAGUUCUCUUCAGCUCAGCUCCUUAAGGCCCAGCACAUUCUCUCAUUCAGACCAAGCAGCAGGAUUCUGCAAGACAGGCUUCCUUUUGGCCACUCGGGGGCACUCUUUGACCAGACGAGUUGAAGCUGCACCCAUGCAGGUGACUUCUUAGCCUAGGGUGAGACACGGCAGCACAAUGGAGGCGGGGUUCACCAGGACUCCUAGACUGUAGGACUGGCAGGGUUCCAGCCCAAUGGAAUUGAAAGAAACCCGGCCCAAGAGCCAGAAAGCCUGGGCUCAGUCCUUCUGCCACUAAGUCAUCUACUGUGUGACCUUGGGCAGGUCAUUUUUUGUCUGUUCCUUUGUGAAGCUGGACUGGACAUCUAUUAAGUUCCCAAAGUCACAGAACUUUAGAAUUAGAUGGAACCUUAGAAGACAUAGCAUGUAAUGGAGUAGGAAGUGCCCUUGGAACAUGGAAUGUCAGAGCUGGGAGGGGCCUUAGAAUAUCAUCUAUGUUUGACCUUUUCGGUACUGGACAUGCUGUCACGAAGACCUAGAUUCAAAUACCGCCUCUAAGAUGGACCAGUUGUGUGACCCUAGAUAAGUCAUUUAACCUCUGAUCCUAUUUGCUCAUCUGUAAAAUUGGAGAUUAUAAUUCCAUGGGGUUCCUACAUCGUAAGGUUGGAGUGAGGCUCAAAUAAGUAAAAAUUUGUAAAAAAUGAUGUCCGUGGGGGGUGGGCUGUGAUUGGUCCAGGGCCCCAAGCCAGGAUGAGCAUGCAGGGACCCUCUCUCCCAAUCCAAGUGCUCCUUUCCCUGUCUAUGACUGGAAGUGUUUGAAAGUCAGACAAAGAGCCAGGCUGAAUGUCAGCAAGAGGACAUUCCCUACUUCGGGGUAACGGCCGAUAAAAGUUGAAUGUAUCACACUAUCACAUGAAGUCCCUUCCUCCCCCUCUGCCUCAGUUUUGUCAUCUGUCAGAUGAGAGGGUGGGGCAGUCCCUUUGAAAUGUGGCAUGCAGGGGUUUUAAGUUAGGGAACCGUGGAGAAGAAGAUGGAUAGGCACAGCGAGGCCAGAGUCUGAGCCGAAAGUCCCACCGGGAAGGAAUCACAGGACAUUGAAGCUGGGAUAAGGGAAGAAAAGAGAUCCAGAACAAAGGGAAGGGAAAGUGAAAUCCCACCUGCCCAUAGCUCUUGGGCACGGCAGGGUGGAGCCCUGAUUGAGAGGGCAGGCCUGGGAAGUACACUCCUGGAGGAUGGGUGGGUUUGGUUUUUUUUGGGAGGAGGUGUGGAGUGGGAUUCGGGCUAGGUAGCAACAGCUCUGGAGUUGAGGCCCUGAGUUCAAAUCCCACUUUUGACACUACGUAUGUGAGAUUUUGGGCAAGCACUUUACCUUCGUGGGCCUCAGUUUCCUCAUCUGUAAAAUGUGGCGGGUGGGCCAGCUGGCCUCAGAGGUCCCUUCCAGCUCUAGGCUCCUAAAGAGAGACAGGAGCUGUAGACAGACCAUUGAUUUACCCUUAUAUUCGGGGUGUGUUCCAGUGUGACCUUGAGAAAAUCCUUUCCCCUCUCCAGGGAUGCUCAUUUGUCCAACGCAGGAAGGAGUCAGACGGGAGCUGGCUUCCCAACAGACGGCUCCUUUUGGGAGCCGAUCCCCGGGCCAGGAAUGGACUUUCUCAGUCAAUGACAACCAAUCAAACAACCAUGGUGGGGGUCGGGGGCGGGAGUUGUGCGAGAAAUCCUUCGCUGUUAGAGGCCUUUCGGGCCCCAGAUCCUCGGGGUUGCUUGAGGUUCUUUGCUUGGCGGCUGCCUCUCUCUGCUGGCCACCCGGAGACCCUCGCAGGCCCCAAGACAGUCCGGCCUUCGAGCGCUGGGGAGGGAUCUCAAAGCGCUCAGCUCAUUGCCCCCUUCUCCAGCCCACGGGACUCUGCACUACGCUCGAGGCACUGGUCCCGGGAGGAUACAAUUCUUUCCCUAUCAUUCACUAAUUGUUUAUUUAGCUUAGACUUUGUUUGGGGGAGGGGGCAGUUAAACGUGGACGUGACUAAUAAUGUUACGGCAAUUGCCAGUCACAAUCUCUCCGGGCCUCAUCUUCCCCAUCUGUAAAAUGAAGGCUGCUCCCCACGCCCGGAAGGCUCCAUCAACUCCAUUCAAGCUUCAGCGUCAGGGUCCUACCAGGUAUGCUGCGGCCCUCCGCCCUCCCCAAACGACCCUGCAUGGGUCCUUCCUCGCGACUGCGAGGUCUUUGAGGGGAGAGCCCGGGCAUCCAUUCCGCAUGUGCACCCCCAAGCCUCCCGCGAAAUGGCCGGUCCUUGCAGACGGAUGCAAGGCUUCUUCCAGCCUCCGCUUCUAGGUUCUAAGGCUAUUUAAAUACUCAUCAAAAGACUCCUAGGUAACAGCAGCCCGCGGCAGAGGCGCUCCGGGAGGUUUGCACGAGCAGAGGCCAGACUGAACGCCGGAUAAAGGAGGGAGCUGUCCUGCAGCAGCACAGGCCACGGCCACUCCGCAGCCGAGCUAGGCCCCUACUCACUUCCCCCAGAAGCAAAUAACACCCACAGUUGCUUCCUGGAUGUCUGCAGCAAAAAGGCAAAUCCCUUAACCUUUUCAGGCCUCGGUUUCCUUCUCUGUAAAACAAGGGAGUUAGACCCGAUGGUCUCUAAGAUCCCCCUAAGAAACAUGGCACGGUAAAUGCUGGGUUUGCCAUCAGGGGCUCUGGUCCCAGGGGAUGUUGGCAGCUCAGCCCCGUUGUGGUGCCAGGGCGGCUGAGUGCCCUCUACCUUUACUAACCCCCAUCCAAAUCUGACUGGUCCCUCACGUCUAUCAGUUGACGCUGGGCCCCCUCUGGGUAGCUGUCCUGCUGACCUCACACUCCAGAGCUCCACUGCUUACCCCUCACUGGACACAAUUAUGCAAUUAAGCCCUAUAUUGUACCUUACUGUACUCUCCAAGGUGCCUCACACAGGCUCAGUGUUCAUCAGUGACCAUUCAAUAAAGUUGGAACCCAAGGCCCUUCUCGCCUAGGAGGUCCUUGCAUACUGCUGAA